AAAUGGGCCGGAAAAGCAACCGCUCACGCGGCCAUUUAUCACCCUUAAGGCCACAAAGAACACGUCUCAUUGUUUCCCUAGUCUCUGCAUUGGCCUUGCUGAGCCUCAUGGGAAUUGUAGUCUUGUUUAGUAACCCGCUGGAUAACCGCGGAAGGUCGCGCUAAAAGUAAAGGAAACUACUUAGGCACGGAGCGCCAGAAGUUCUGGGAGUUGUAGUCAAGAAGCCCUGUGGCACCUCCGGACAGCGCUUAAAGAUGAAUCGGACAAAAGGUGAUGAGGAGGAGUAUUGGAACAGCUCCAAGUUCAAGGCUUUCACCUUUGAUGAUGAAGAUGAUGAACUGUCACAGUUAAAGGAAUCCAAGAGAGCAGUAAAUAGUCUUCGAGACUUCGUGGAUGAUGAUGAUGACGAUGACCUGGAGAGAGUCAGCUGGAGUGGGGAGCCAGUGGGAAGUAUCUCAUGGUCCAUCAAAGAGACUGCUGGUAACAGUGGGUCAAACCAGGAGGGGCGUGAACAGCUCAAGAGCCGAAACAGCUUCUCCUCCUAUGCACAAUUACCCAAACCUACUUCUACCUACUCCCUGAGCAGCUUUUUUAGAGGGAGAACUAGACCUGGAAGUUUCCAGUCCCUUUCAGAUGCUCUGUCGGACACACCUGCCAAAAGCUAUGCUCCAGAGCUGGGCAGACCUAAGGGGGAGUACAGGGAUUAUAGCAAUGACUGGAGCCCCAGUGACACAGUGCGACGCCUUCGGAAGGGCAAGGCCUGCUCACUAGAAAGAUUCCGCUCCUUACAGGACAAGCUACAACUCCUAGAGGAAGCAGUAAGCAUGCAUGAUGGAAAUGUCAUUACUGCAGUUCUGAUAUUCCUGAAGAGGACACUGAGCAAAGAGAUCCUCUUCCGAGAGCUGGAGGUGCGACAGGUUGCUCUGAGACAUCUCAUUCACUUCCUUAAAGAAAUAGGGGAUCAAAAGUUGCUUUUAGACCUCUUCAGGUUCCUAGAUAGAACAGAAGAGCUUGCGCUGUCUCAUUAUCGAGAGCACUUGAACAUUCAGGACCCCGAGAAACGAAAAGAAUUUCUUAAGACCUGCAUUGGUUUGCCAUUUUCAGCAGAAGAUUCUGCACAUAUUCAAGACCAUUACACCCUCCUGGAACGUCAGAUCAUUAUUGAGGCAAAUGAUCGGCAUCUAGAAUCAGCAGGACAGACUGAGAUCUUCCGGAAGCACCCCCGCAAAGCUUCUAUCCUCAACAUGCCAUUAGUGACCACGCUUUUCUACUCCUGCUUCUACCAUUACACGGAGGCUGAGGGGACGUUCAGCAGUCCAGUCAACCUGAAGAAGACAUUUAAGAUCCCAGAUAAACAGUAUGUGCUGACGGCCCUGGCCGCUCGUGCCAAGCUUCGGGCCUGGCAUGAUGUAGAUGCCCUCUUUACCACAAAGAACUGGCUGGGCUACACCAAGAAGAGAGCGCCCAUUGGCUUCCAUCGGGUUGUAGAAAUUUUGCACAAGAAUAGUGCCCCUGUCCAGAUAUUACAAGAGUAUGUUAAUCUGGUGGAAGAUGCGGACACAAAGUUGAACUUAGCCACCAAAUUCAAGUGCCAUGAUGUCGUCAUUGAUACUUGCCGGGACCUGAAGGAUCGUCAGCAGUUGCUAGCAUACAGGAGUAAAGUGGAUAAAGGAUCUGCAGAGGAGGAGAAGAUUGAUGCCAUUCUGAAUAGCUCGCAAAUUCGAUGGAAGAAUUAAGUGGCAUUAGCUACCCUGAAACCUGCCUCAUUUCUUCCUUUCCUGCCUAUAGUAGAGAGUGCUCUUUGUUGGGAGAAUUACAGUAUCACAUCGCUUUGGACCCAUCAUCAACAGGCAAUGCCUGCUACUCUUAGGACAGAAACCAGCGUCUGGGCACAGACAGCUUCAGACUGAUCUUCUGUCCAAGAAUCAUCAUCUAAGGGCCAAGAUCUAAAGCUCUGACUCAUGAGAAAGAUUCUCUCCACCUGGUGCUCAAGUGAAGGUGGGAAUAAUUUCUAGAUUGGGCCCAUAUUGGGCAAGAUCUCUCUUGGUCUGGGAAAAUGACUGCUCUAGAAAAGAAGUCUCCUAGACUAAGAGGUCAGGGAUCAUAGGAUGGCCACUCCAUCCCUCUCAGCUAAUUAUGACCCUGGACUUGGUGCUGGACAUUGGGAGUUCUGCUCUGAAUGGAGUCAGAAUAGAACCAAAAUGGCUCUCUCUCAAGGGACCUCAGGAAGGGGUGCCAGUAUAGCCAGGAGCUGUUGGAGGUGCCCUCACACCAGACUGCACAGAGUCCUCCACAUAAUGACAGAGAGUGCCCAGACGUCGAGUUUCUUCAGCCAGUGUCCUUCUGCUGCCCCAGUUCUAGCCUCUGUUCGAGACUUGUGGUUCCUCUUUCACCGGCACACCAAGAUGGCCUUGUGUAGGAGAUAAGGACAUCCCUGUUAUCUUUUCCUCUACUUCUCCCACCCCAGACCCAUAACUUUAUAUGGAGCUCAGAUUCAGCAGUGCUAGAGAGCUCUUCCUUUAUGCACAAAUCUCAUUAUUUCACUAGGAGCUUUCAGAAGGUCCACCAGGGCUAAACUCAGCAGCAUUUCAGACGGUUAGGAUAUUAAUUAAGAUGGAGGUUUUAGUUUCAUGCUUGGUUUUCAAGAGGGUAUUCUGGAGUGCUAGCCUCCUGCUCUGUACCAAUAGAAGCCUCUCUUCUCUAUAACUGAAUUGGGUUUCCCCGACAUGCCUAGACUCCUAAUAAAGCUAUUUCUUCCUUGGUGC